AUGCCUGGCGCAUAUAAAGGAGAAUGUGGGGACGAUGUGGAUCCCAUGGAAUUCCUGGCUCCAAGUGAGAAGGAGAAAAUUGAGGCCAUUAACAAGCCAUAUGAUAUCAAGAAGUCUUGUUGGGUCAAGAGUGACAAGGAGGGCUUCAUUGCAGCAGAAAUUCAGUCGGAGACUGAUAACCAAGUCACUGUCAAGACCGUGACCAAUCAGACUCUCACCGUGAAGAAGGAUGACGUGCAGCAGAUGAACCCACCGAAGUUCUACCAGGUCAGCGACAUGGCCAACAUGACCUUCCUGAAUGAAGCCAGUGUCUUGGACAACCUCAGGCAGCGUUAUGUCAUGAUGAGAAUCUACACCUACUCUGGCUUGUUCUGUGUCACCGUCAACCCGUACAAGUGGCUGCCCAUCUACGGAGCCCGAGUGGCCCUCAUGUACAAGGGCAAGAAGCGCACAGAGAUGCCCCCUCACCUCUUCUCCGUCUCUGACAAUGCCUACCACGACAUGCUCAUGGAGCGCGAGAACCAGUCCAUGCUGAUCACCGGAGAAUCUGGAGCUGGCAAGACUGAAAACACAAAGAAGGUCAUCCAGUACUUUGCCAAUAUGGCGGGCAGUGGCAAAGCCUCUGCUGAUGGGAAGGGGUCCCUGGAAGAUCAAAUCAUCCAGGCUAACCCUGUCCUGGAGGCCUUUGGGAACGCCAAGACAACCAGGAACAAUAAUUCCUCUCGCUUCGGUAAAUUCAUUCGAAUUCACUUUGGCAGCACAGGAAAGCUGGCUGGGGCGGAUAUCGAGAGCUAUCUCCUAGAGAAAUCUCGGGUCAUUUCCCAGCAACCCGCUGAGCGGGGAUACCACAUCUUUUACCAGCUGCUCUCCAACAAGAAGCCAGAGCUUGUCGAAAACCUGCUGUGUGUGCCCGAUCCCAAGGAAUACUGCUGGACAAGCCAAGGUGUGACUAUUGUAGACAACAUGGAUGACGGUGAAGAGCUGCUUCUCACGGAUGUGGCUUUCGAUGUCCUGGGCUUCACUCCGGAAGAGAAGAACAGUGUCUACAAGCUUACAGGUGGCAUAAUGCAUUUUGGGAACAUGAAAUUCAAGCAGAAGCCAAGAGAGGAGCAGGCCGAAGUUGAUACCACUGAAGUGGCCGACAAAGUCGCCCACCUCAUGGGACUCAACUCUGGGGACCUGCAGAAGGGCAUCACCAGGCCCCGGGUGAAAGUGGGCAACGAGUUUGUGCAGAAAGGCCAGAACAUGGACCAGUGCCACAACUCUGUCGGAGCCCUGGGCAAAGCCGUCUAUGACAAGAUGUUCAAGUGGCUCGUUGUCAGGAUCAACAAGACCCUGGACACCAAGAUGCAGAGGCAGUUUUUCAUCGGGGUGCUGGAUAUCGCUGGGUUUGAGAUCUUUGAGUUCAACAGCUUCGAGCAACUGUGCAUCAACUUCACGAACGAGAAGCUGCAGCAGUUCUUCAACCACCACAUGUUCGUAUUGGAGCAGGAGGAGUACAAGAGGGAAGGCAUCGAAUGGGUGUUCAUCGACUUCGGGUUGGACCUGCAGGCGUGCAUUGAGCUCCUGGAAAAGCCCAUGGGCAUCUUCUCCAUCCUCGAGGAGCAGUGCGUGUUUCCCAAAGCCACCGACGCGACCUUCAAAGCUGCCCUGUAUGAUAAUCAUUUGGGCAAAUCCCCCAACUUCCUGAAGCCCAAAGGCGGCAAGGGCAAAGGGGCCGAAGUCCACUUCGAACUGGUGCAUUAUGCUGGCACGGUGGGCUACAAUAUCACUGGCUGGCUGGAGAAGAACAAAGACCCCCUGAAUGAAACAGUGGUGGGCUUGUUUCAGAAGUCUGGAAUGCCCUUGCUGUGCACCCUCUUCAAAGAAGAGGAGGCUUCAGCUUCUGGGUCAAAGAAGCAGAAAAGAGGAUCUUCCUUUAUGACCGUCUCCAACUUCUAUCGGGAGCAGCUGAACAAGCUGAUGGCCACUUUGCAUAGCACCUCCCCGCAUUUUGUGCGCUGCAUUGUGCCCAACGAGUUCAAGCAGUCUGGAGUGGUUGAUGCCCACUUGAUCUUGCAUCAGCUGGCCUGUAACGGUGUGUUAGAAGGCAUCCGUAUUUGCAGGAAAGGUUUCCCCAACAGGCUGCAGUAUCCUGAAUUCAAACAAAGGUACCAGGUGUUGAACCCCAAUGUCAUUCCGCAGGGGUUUGUAGACAAUAAGAAGGCCUCAGAACUAUUGCUGGGAUCGCUUGACUUGGGAGAGAAUGAGUACAAAAUCGGACAUACUAAGGUGUUCUUCCGUGCCGGGAUCUUAGCCAAACUGGAAGACCUGCGAGACGAACGGUUGGCCAAGAUCAUGACCAUGCUGCAGUCCCGAGGCCGUGGCUUCCUCAUGAGGAUCGAGUUUAAAAAGAUGUUGGAGAGGAGGAUGGGCCUGAUGCUGAUCCAGAGGAACAUCCGCAAGUUCCUGCAGAUGCGGUUCUGGGGCUGGUGGAAGCUGUACAACAAGGUGAAACCUCUGCUGAACGUGGCCCGGCAAGAGGAGGAGAUGAAAGAGAAGGAGGAGGAGCUGAGGAACGCCAUGGCCAAGGCGCAGGAGCUGAUGGAUCGCCUCAAGGAACUGGAGGAAAAGUUGGCCACGCUUAGCCAAGAGAAGAACGACUUGACCAUCCAGCUGCAGGCGGAACAAGAGAACCUGAUGGAUGCCGAGGAGCGCCUCACACAGAUGAUGAAGGCCAAGAUGGACCUGGAGAGCGAGAUCUCGGACAUGAAAGAGCGCUUGGAGGAGGAGGAAGGCGCGGCCGCAUCUCUGAGCGCCAACAAGCGCAAGCUGGAAGGGGAGCUGAACGAUCUCAAGAGAGACCUCGAAGGGCUGGAAACCACCCUCGCCAAGACUGAGAAAGAGAAGCAGGCGUUGGAUCACCGAGUGCGCACCCUGACCAGCGAUCUCUCAGCCCGAGACGACACUGUUGCCAAACUCCAGAAGGAAAAAAGGGCUUUGGAGGAGCUACACCAGAAAACGCUAGAUGAUCUUCAAGCCGAGGAAGACAGAGUGAACCAUCUAACCAAAAACAACAGCAAACUCAGCACCCAAAUCCAUGAGCUGGAGGACAACUGGGAGCAAGAGAAGAAAAUCCGUGCGGAGGUGGAAAAGGCCCGACGCAAAGCGGAGGGGGACUUGAAAAUGACCAUUGAAAAUCUCAACGAGAUGGAAAGGGCGAAGCUUGACCUGGAGGAAGUGGUCAAGAAGCGAGACCUUGAGAUCAACUCUAUCAACAGCAAAAUGGAGGAUGAGCAGUCGCUGAAUUCCACCCUCCAGAGGAAACUGAAGGAGCAUCAGGCCCGGAUUGAAGAACUUGAGGAAGAGCUUGAAGCUGAACGCUCAAUAAGGGCAAAGAUUGAAAAACAGCGCAGCGAUAUCUCCCGGGAACUGGAAGAGCUCAGCGAUAGACUGGAAGAGGCCGGAGGGGCUACUACUGCUCAGAUUGAGCAGAACCGCAAGCGCGAGGCCGAGCUGCUGAAGCUCCGUCGGGAGCUGGAAGAGGCCGCCUUGCAGAGCGAGGCCACGGCCUCCACCCUGCGGAAGAAGCACACGGAUGCCAUGGCUGAGAUGACGGAGCACCUGGAGAACCUGCAGAGGGUGAAGUCCAAGCUGGAGAAGGACAAGCAGGUCAUGAAGGCCGAGAUCGACGACCUCAACUCCAGCAUGGAGACCAUCCAGAAAUCCAAGUUAAACGCUGACACUCACAUCCGCAAACUGGAAGACAACCUGGCUGAAGCCAAUGCCCGGCUGUCUGAGAUGGAGAAGAACCAAGCGGAAAUCAACGCCAUCAGGACCAGGCUCCAAGCGGAGAACAGCGAGCUGAGCCGGGAGCACGAGGAGAGUCAGACAAGGCUGAACCAGAUCAUUCGCGUGAAGACCUCCCUCACCUCGCAAGUGGACGACCUCAAGAGGCAGCUGGAUGAAGAGUCGAAAGCCCGCAGUGCUGCGGUUGUGAGCCUGGCCAACACCAAACACGACCUGGACCUGAUCAAAGAGCAGCUGGAGGAGGAACAAGCAGGCAAGGCGGAACUGCAGCGCCUGGUCUCCAAGCUCAACACCGAAGUCACCACCUGGAGGACCAAAUAUGAGACGGACGCCAUUCAGCGGACGGAGGAGCUGGAAGAGACCAAGAGAAAGUUGACAGCCCGCCUCCAAGAGGCAGAGGAGACCGCCGAAUCCGCCCAGGCCCGCGUGGCCAGCAUGGAGAAGAACAAGCAGAGGCUGCAGAUGGAAGUGGAGGACCUCACUCUGGACCUCGAGAAGUCCAAUGCAGCCUGUGCGGCCCUGGACAAGAAGCAGAGGGCCUUUGACAAGAUGCUGGCCGAGUGGCAGCAGAAGUGUGAGGAACUGCAGCUGGAGGUGGACAACUCCCAGAAGGAGUGCCGCAUGUACAUGACGGAGAACUUCAAGCUCAAGACGGCCUACGAGGAAGCCCUGGAGCACCUGGAGUCUGUCAAGAAGGAGAACAAGACUCUGCAGGAGGAGAUCAAGGAUCUCAUCGAUCAGCUGGGAGAGGGUGGGCGGAGCGUCCACGAGCUGCAGAAGAUGAAGAAGAAGCUGGAGAUCGAGAAGGAGGAGCUGCAGGUGGCCCUGGAGGAAGCCGAGUCUUCCCUUGAGGUGGAGGAGAGCAAACUCAUCCGCAUCCAGCUGGAGCUGGCCCAGGUCAAAGCGGACAUCGACAGGAGGAUCCACGAGAAGGAGGAGGAGUUUGAAGCCACGAGGAAGAACCACCAGCGCGCCAUCGAGUCGCUGCAGUCCAGCCUGGAGCUGGAGGCCAAGGGGCGGGCUGAGGCUCUCCGCCUGAAGAAGAAGAUGGAGACGGACCUGAACGAGAUGGAAAUCCAGCUGGACCAUGCCAACCGGAACAACAGUGAGCUCGUGAAGACCCUGAAGAAGCUCCAACAGCAGAUCAAGGACCUCCAGAUCCAGAUGGACGAAGACGCCCGGCAGCACGAGGAGCUCCGAGAGCAGUACAACCUGCAGGAGCGCCGCCUCAGCCUCCUCCAGACCGAGCUGGAGGAAGUGCGUGUCGGCCUGGAGGGCAGCGAGCGCUCCCGCAAACUCCUUGAGCAGGAGCUGGUGGAGGUCUCCGAGAGGCACAACGAGCUCAGCGUCCAGAACCAGACCCUGGUGACCAUCAAGCGCAAACUGGAAUCGGACCUCAUGCGCAUCACGAACGAGCACGAGGAGCUCAUCAGCGAGUUCCGCACGGCAGAUGAGAAAGCGAAGAAAGCAGUGGCGGACGCGACCCGCAUGGCAGAGGAGCUGCGCCAGGAGCAGGACCAUUCCAUGCACCUGGAGAGGAUAAAGAAGAACUACGAGGUCACCAUAAAGGAUCUGCAAGUCAAGAUGGAAGAGGCCGAGCAGCUGGCCCUGAAAGGAGGGAAACGGACCAUCAUGAAGCUUGAGACCCGGAUCAAGGAACUGGAGACGGAGCUGGACUCGGAGCAGAAGCGCCACGUGGAGACAGUGAAGACCCUGCACAAGAACGAGCGGCGCCUGAAGGAGCUGGUCUUCCAGACGGAGGAAGAUCACAAGACGAACCAGCGCAUGCAAGAGCUGGUCGAGAAGCUGCAGAACAAGAUGAAGACAUACAAGAGGCAAAUCGAGGAGGCGGAGGAACAGGCCAACCAGAACAUGGCACGGUACCGGAAAACCGUGCACGAGCUGGAUGACGCGGAGGAGAGGGCAGGGAUGGCCGAGUCGGCCCUGAACAAGCUGCGCACCAGGCACCGGAUCUCCGCCAGCAAAGGCUUCACCUCCGUGGAGAUCGUCCAGGUCUCCAAAUCGGGCGGGUCCAAGUCGGUCACCGAGGAAUAG